UAGGUCGCUUAUUUCAUAAAUAAUAUUGAGUAUUAAAAUCAAUAUUUUUACAUAACUUUUGGAUUCAUAAUAUUAUAAUGUGUUAAAAUGGUUUUGAUUAUGAAUGAUAUUGUUUGAGUAUUUUUAUCACUUGCUUUGAUUAACUACUUGCGUUUUGAAACGAACUAUUAGUGAUUGAAUCAUGGUGGAAAACGGGGGCUCUAGUGGAGGAAGUGAAAGUCCUAAUGCCACUUGUGUACGAUCAGGAUUGCUGGAGACGCUUGUUCGGGGUGUAUGGUAUCGCGUCCAUUGCUCUCUAGAUGACGACUAUUUAAGUGUUUGUUUAGAUGAUGGAUACGACGCAACCACUACGCUCAAUGGUACCUUAAAUAAUAACAAUGUAGAAACUCCAAACAGUGAUUUUACAGAAGUACCAGAAGCAAUAGCAAACCAAAAAAGAGUUGUACAAGUGGUAAAAUCUGAUAACAAUGGUCUUGGUAUAUCAAUAAAAGGAGGAAUUGAGAAUAAUAUGCCUAUACUGAUAUCAAAAAUCUUUAAGGGUAUGGCGGCAGAUCUUACAGAACAGUUAUAUGUAGGUGAUGCUAUUUUAUCAGUUAAUGGUGAAGACUUAAAAGAUGCAACUCAUGAAGAAGCAGUGAAAGCCCUUAAAAGAUCUGGAAAAAUGGUUCAAUUGGAAGUUAAAUAUCUACGUGAGGUGACUCCUUACUUUCGCAAGGCCUCGAUCAUCAGUGAGGUUGGUUGGGAAUUACAGCGUGGGUACAUGAUGGAAACACCACCGUCGCCUCCUUCGCCCCGACGCAGACGCGCCGAUACUCGAUAUGUGCCGCUGUUAAUGGCUUGCGUUGCUAAGAACCUUCGUCAUCAUGAUCCUGAGGAGCGUACUAUCGAGAUUUAUUCUCCUGAUGGUGUCCACGCGUUAGCAUUACGAGCAACUUGUAGUAACACAGCUUCAGGCUGGCAUAGGUCCCUUCACGCGGCGGCAAGGAGGGCUUGCCGGGCUGCUUUGGCCCGUGCCAGGCCAAGACUCCGACCUUUGAUUGGAGAUGUUAGAUACGCUGGCUGGCUGGCCAGAAGACCGCCUCAAGAUAUUGGUGCAUCAGCGGGAUCGGAUGAGUCGGAUGAUGCUGAAGGAUGGCAGCCGACUUUCGUCGCCAUAACGGAUCGUGAACUAAGGCUAUAUGAAGCCGCCCCGUGGUCGGCUGAGGCCUGGUGCGCGGCCAGCGAGUGUUUUGGGCUGGCCGCGACCCGCUUAGCAUGGUGGCGAAGGGGGGGUGCCGGGGCUGCAGCCCUCGGGGUGAGAGCGGGCACUCCGGCGGGGCUCGCGGUGCGUUCGCUACGGGCUGACACCCCACACGAUCUUGCAGCGGUUGCAGGGGCCCUGGUAGACGGCGCUCACCAUGCAGUGCGAGAACAACCUGAGUUUACUUUUCGUUGCAGAUACCGUGGCGCCUGUGGGCGCUUAUCUCUUGGUGCGAGUGGAGUAUGCGUGUGGGAGGCAGCGGGGUCUCUCGGCCGCGGUGGGGCAAGGGCCCUUUACCGACGGCCUUUGCACGCUCUUAGAGCCUCCGCUGACGACGACCGUACAGCUCUGUGGUUGCACUUCGCUGACGAUGAUACUUUGGAACUAGAUAUGGAGGGUAGUCCAAAACCAGCUGUGUUUAUUCUGCACAAUCUCUUGUCCGCGCGUGUUCAUUCCUUACCGGGCGAAGCGUCGGCUCAACCGCUAUAACACGAGGAUGAUGACUGUGGAACUCGUAAUGAAUAGGAAAUAGAUCAAAUUCAUUCCGCUAGGGGCGCUAUCUAGCUAAUAUGGCUAAUAUUCAUUUGACAAUUGACGUGAUUUGACAUUGACAUGAAUAUUAACAUUAGAACUAAACCGUGUGAACUAUAUUUAACCAUUGUCGUUUGUUCACUAAAAUUGUUUCUAUUAUGACUUUGUGUAAUUUACUUGCAUUACGUGUAAGGUAUCAAUCAAUCUACUGGAAUUACCUGCGCCCUCUAGUACUGUUAUUUUGCAUAAUGAAGUUGAACUGUUUUUUAAUCAGUAUCAUGAGGUGGAUAUUUCCAAAAGUGAACAUAAUAAUGAGUGUUCUGGGAUAGCCAAUAGGCAAUAUCUCAAAAGUUAUUUCAUUUCAUAGUAGCAUUGCUUUAUUGCGUGUAAAUGGCAUUGAAAAUGGUUUUUCUAUUGAAAGAAUAGCCUGCCUAAUAUUAAGAUAGGUUGCCAUAGUUGGGAAGUAUGACAAUAUUUGAUCAAGUCCUUUCUUCAUUAAUUUAAGUAAUUAAAUUGUUUUAAUAUGGCUACACUGAUAAGUUACCGAAAUUGUAUAAUCAGCAAUAUAAAUACGAUUUUUUAUUUGUAUAAACGGGAAAUAAUCCUGAGAUCAAUACCAUCGAUCGAAUGCGCUGUUAAAAUUUCUUCCAAAGAAUGAAUCUCUUAUAGUUUACGAAUUAUUUUUUAAGCCGUGACAAGUGACGUUUACAAUAUAUUUUUUUAUAUUUUUUUGUUGUUUAGAUAUAUAAAUUAGUUGUAGAAUUUAUACAUUCCCAGAAUGUAGAGUAGAUUUGCUUUAAUUAUUGUAAUUGUAUUAAUAUUGUAGGUGAUGUGUAAUCUCAUGUAAUUUAGGAUUUUAAUAUUCAUUGUUGCGAUAAUGAUAGUAUUUUCUUGUAUUUACGCUACAAUAUUUGUAAGCAAAGCGUUCAAUUGAUUUUAUUUGAGUUAUACGUCUGAUAGAGAGAGAGGAGCAACAAUUCACGAGGGCAUAGGGAUGAAGGGGAGGGGGUAAACUUUAGAACUUUAGAAGAGUGAACUUUAGAAUUUAAAAAAUCAUUUUCGUAAAUAAGUGAAGUUGUUACAUACGUUUAUAUUGGAUUUUGGACCUUAAAUGUCGGGAUAUGGAAAUGUCGUAUAUAGCAGUUUCUUCUAAUCAAGUUGAGUUACAGACCCACCCAUCUUGGAACCAUAUCCACCAUACAACGCCAUUGACAAAUCCCAAUCGAACGGAAUCAUCGUUUCCUUUUUCGUUUUACAUUCUAAACCCCUGCUAGUUGUGCUUUAAUAGCACGGAAGAACGUCGUUCCGUGCAGACCGAGUCUAAGUGACAUGUGUUACUGGUCAUAGCGAUGACUCCAAUGUUAAUAAAAUCAAUUGAAUGUUUUUUUGAAUGGUCCGCUCUUUUUCAUAUUUCAUAAUCUCUACAUUCUUAUGUAUGGUAAACAUAUAUCAUGAUAGGUUACAAAGCUAUGUUUCUAUAUUCAUGUCUUCGGAGUGAAAAGGCAAUAGUUAGUGUUUUAAGUGUUUCAUAAGGUAAUUUUAAGGAUCACGUAUGCUUAGUAUUAAAGUCUUUAGUCAAUUUUUUAUUAAAAUUGUCGUGAGAUAAUAGAAUCGAAAUUCAUUGCCCAAUAUGUAAACAGAUAGUAGAUUUUUGUCACUUUUUGACGUUUCGAUAGAGCCUUUUGAUGGUUAGGUUAGGCAAAUUCUUUAAAAAGAAUAACAUGGUUUAGGAUGGUUUUUAUAUCAGCUAAAUAUUUGCUUCAUAACCACUCAUAUCCAGACCGUCCAAGCACUCAUUUCAAUUAUCCCUUUAUUCUAAGCCAAACGUUUUACUCUACGGAGAAAUAUAUAUACUGUUAUCUUGCGGCAAUUAAACCGAGGUUACCAUAAUGUAUCGAUUUUUAAGUGUCCGAAAAAUGUUACACAACGAUAUUGAUAUUAAAUAUACAACAAGCUAGGAUCAAUAAUGAAUCAUCACAAAACAUUGUGGCGAUGCUCAUUGUUUUAUAGACGAAAUUGGGAUUCAAUGCUUUUCAGUCUUGUGUAUAAUAUUAUAAUGUAUUGGUUGAUAUAAUCUUAUUAUUUAUUUCACUUUAAAUUCGACUAAAUAUUAUACUCAAAACAAUCAUGUUUUAUUUACGAUAUUGUAAUUAUAUUUAAAUAUAGGAAUCGUUUAAUGAUGCUAACUUGAUGAUACAUCGAUUGACUAACGAUUUAUGAAAUCCAAAAAAAACGUAAGUUUUAUGAAUGGAAACUUUGUGGUUUAUUGGAUAGGAUAUCCAAAACAUUGAAAUCUAAAGACUAAUGUUUGUUAUCAUAUCAAUUACGAGGAAACAUAUACAUAUAAUUAACUGAAACUAUAUCUCUUAGGAUUUCUAAAGACAUUCCUCUAUAGACUUUUUACAACUGCUAGCUACUGUACUGAUUUUUAACAUUUUAUCGCGUAUUAGCAAUUUAAAUAAUAAUUAUUGUAACUCUUGCUCCAUACACCUUUUUAAAUUUUACAUUAUUCCUCAAAUUCAUAUGUUUAAAAACUUUGUAAAACAAUAUCUAGUUUUAGCUAAAUUGAAUUAAGAAGUGCUUGGAGCAGAUUAUAUUUUCCUAAAAUCCCUGAAAUGAUGAAACAUAUAAAGACCCAGUUUGUUCUGCUGUUUUAUUAUCGAUGGGAUGCUUUAAAGAUUCGUAACCAAAAUCACAACCAAUGAUCGCAUAAACGAAUAAGUUUUUUGUACCUUUUUAAUUUAAGUUUAGUGUUUACACUGCCAAUAAUAUAUUUUUACUUAUACUUUUAAGAUUUGGCCCUGUUAUAUUUAUUUUAAC